CAUGGCGCUCCCGGCGCUGCCCGGCUCGGGGGUGCAGUUCCGGAGGAUCCUGGCUCACUUCCCCCAGGAGCUCAGCCUGGCCUUCGCCUAUGGGUCCGGGGUCUUCCGGCAGGCGGGGACCGCCCCCAGCCAGAGCGUGAUGCAAAGGAAGAAAAAUAAGAAUUUUACAUUUUUAAUAUUGUUCCCCACAAACAUGAAGAAGGGAGGAAGAGCGAAUAACUUGGAAGAUUUAACAAGUCUGUUCAACUUUGUACCAACUCUGUUCGAUCACUGAUUCGCUGAGCAGCUCAGACCAGUCCAGAAAUGGCAAGCACAAUAUGCUGGACUUCGUGUUUGCUGUGGAUGAUUCUGUCACUUGGCAUAUGAUGAACCUGCUAAAGAAUAGGAGUCAUUAUUCUUUCCUAAAACUUUUUGGGCCAAAGCAAAUCAGUAAUAUACAGAGCUGUGGAGCAGGGAUUUACUACAAUACUUUAGUGCGAUGUAAUGGUAGGAUGAUAAAAUAUGGCGUAAUUGGCACUGAUGCGCUGAUUGACGAUCUGCUUCACUGGAAAAAACUCUAUGUUGCUGGACGUCUGCAAAAGCCGGUGAAAAUACUGACACAGAAUGAAAAUGGCAAGCUGCAGGCUGCCCUACUUAGCAAUCUGAAGAGUGCAGUCACAGCAGCCUUUCUCAUGUUGCCAGAAAGUUUCUCUGAAGAAGACCUCUAUAUGCAGAUUGCAGGACUUUCCUACUCUGGUGAUUUCAGAAUGAUAAUUGGAGAAGACAGGUCAAAGGUGCUAAACAUAGUGAAACAAAAUGUGCCCCAUUUUCAGAAGCUCUACAGUAACAUAUUACAGGAGUGCCCUCAAGUGGUGUAUAAGCACCAGCUGGGCAGGCUAGAGAUCGAUAAAAGUCCAGAAGGUCAAUUCAUGCAGUUAAUGGCUUUGCCGAGGACUCUUCAACAGAAGAUAACUUCUUUUGUGGACCCUCCUGGGAAGAACAGAGAUGUGGAAGAGGUUUUACUGAAAGUGGCCCAUGACCCUGACUGUGGAUUAGUAGUACAUCAGGGCAUUUCAGGAAUUGUGAGAACUUCCAGUCUAAUACAGAGUUCUAAAACCAUACUAACAGCUGCUGAUAAUCCUUGCUGGUUGGACUCAGGAUCCCCUCACAGAUGUCAUCUAGUGGUGGCCCGGCCCCUCGGCUUCCUGACUUCUCCAGACAGUCCUUCUAGUAUUCGGCUGUGCCUCUGCUGGGCCAGCAUGUUCUGCUGCAUUACUUAUGGUCUCUAUCAACUUUCUGGCAUUCACUCCCAUGUCAUCAUGCUCUCCCACUUAGCAGAACACACGCAGUGGGUGGUGGAGAGCAGGGACACAGCAAUGCUUGACAAGCUGUUCCACAAGGAUAUGCAAUGCAAAUGCCUCCUGAGUUAUCACUGCAGGUAUCUUCAGCAGUGUUAAGAGUAACAGGCAGAUAUGUCUGCAUACAUGUAUACAAUUAUAACUUCACAGUCCUUUACUCAUUUUGACUCUUAUUGUCACCAGAAGCACUUCAGGGUGAACAGUGCCUACCCUGUUUUGAAUCAUGCAUUAUCAUUCUUAGCGGUUGCUAUCUAUGGAAUUUGUCAGUUUUGUCUAUCUCUCACGUGUCAUCAGCCUCUAUUAGCUACUAUAUCAUGAAUCUGUCAAGAAAAGGAAAAGUUAGCUAUCUGCUGUUGCUAUACAAAUAGCCUUUGGUCACCUUUCCAGGGAAGUAUUUUAUUUGAAGAUUUGUUUAAGGCUUUCUCAAGAACUAAAUAGUUGUUUCUCUUCCUAAGUUCUGCCUGUCUUGUUUUUU